AUGGAAUGGCCAUUCAUCAAUGCAGUCCUAGUCAACCUUUCAUCUAUUGUGCAGGACGAGUGUUUGAUAAUAUUUGAACCAGCGUUCCUCAAUGCAGAUUGGUUUAUAGCCAUGCUGUUGGAUAUCUAUGCUCUUGAAACUCUGAUUGUCUUGUUGAUACAUGGAUGGUCUGCAGGUGCCUUGGCAUUUGAUGUAGAAUAUGCAAGGUGGCUGGAAGAGCAUAAUAGGCAAAUUAAUGAGUUGAGAGCUGCAGUUAAUUCUCAUGCUGGUGACACUGAACUCCGUACUAUUAUUGACAAUGUUACAGUGCAGUUUGAUGACAUAUUCAGGCUCAAAGGCACUGCUGCGAAAGCUGAUGUCUUCCAUUUAUUGUCUGGAAUGUGGACGACACCGGCAGAAAGGUGUUUUAUGUGGAUUGGUGGGUUCCGAUCAUCUGAGCUCCUCAAGCUUCUUGUGAACCAAUUGGAACCUCUAACCGAGCAGCAGUUGGUGGCCAUCUACAGCUUGCAGCAAUCAUCCCAACAGGCUGAAGAUGCCCUUUCGCAAGGAAUGGAUGCAUUGCAGCAAUCUUUAGCCGAGACUUUAGCUAAUGGUUCACCCAACCCAUCAGGAUCAUCUGGGAAUGUGGCAAACUACAUGGGUCAAAUGGCCAUGGCAAUGGGAAAGCUAGGAACUCUUGAAGGGUUCCUACGUCAGGCUGAUAAUCUGCGACAGCAAACACUGCAACAAAUGCAUCGUAUAUUAACAACUCGGCAAUCUGCUCGUGCCCUUCUUGCAAUAAAUGACUAUUUCUGUAGGCUAAGGGCUCUCAGUUCCCUCUGGCUGGCACGGCCACGGGAAUAAACACUGUAAGUUCUCUUCCAAGUUAUGCAGAAGUUUAUGACUCUGUAGCUGAUUAAAUUAUAACAAAUCUCUUUGGAGGGUAGCUGUGCUAUGAAUAUUGGGUGGAUCUCAGCUGUUGUUGAAGUCCAUUGGGAUCAUAUAUUUUACUGAAUUUAUAGGUUACAUCUGUAGUUAUCGCAAGAGAAAUGUUGUUUUAGUAUGUUUUCUUCUUGUAUUGUAAAACAAAUAGCAUUAAUAAAUCUUAUAAAUGUUUAUUGUUGGAAUCUGGAUGAAACAGAACAUAGGUUACAGUGUUCAAUUUGUUUACCAGAUUUCACAUUAAUGGGAAUAGUUAUCCAUUUUGGCUGCCUCCAUUAA